CCUUUCAACUAACUAUUUAGUGUAGUGCCUCCCCUCCAUAUUAGAACAGCAACAAAAGAAAGAAAACACAACAAAAUGUUUCUCAUAAUAUCUUCCAUCUCCCUCGUUCUCUUCAUACUAAUCCAAUGGUAUUCCAACUCUAGAAAAAGCAACAACUCACCUCCUUCUCCACCAAAACUACCCAUAAUAGGAAAUCUCCAUCAACUUGGUAAAUUCCCUCACCGCACAUUUCUAUCUCUAGCUAAAAAAUAUGGCCCUGUCAUGCAAAUCCAUCUUGGUAAUGUACCAUGUCUCUUGAUCUCAUCCUCCGAAGCAGCACGUGAGGUAAUGAGAACCCAUGAUCAUCAUUUUGCAGACAGACCCCAAAAGAAAAAUUACAAGAUACUUAUAUAUGAUUGCAAAGAUGUUUCAACCGCUCUUUACGGAGACUAUUGGAGACAGUUAAGGAGCAUCUCUGUGUUACAUCUUCUCAGUACUAAAAGGGUUCAAUCUCUUCGUUCUGUACGCGCAGAAGAAAUUGGUUUAAUGAUGGAGAAGAUAAAGCAUUGUUCUUCUACUUCAGAGCCGGUAAAUUUAAGUCAACUUAUCGCUUCGACUGUUAAUGAUAUUGUUUGUAGGGUUGCUUUGGGAAGAAAGUACAGUGGUGAAGAAGGAAAGGGAUUUAAAAAGUUGUUCAGGGAAUUUACCAAUUUACUUGGUAUGUUUAUUGUUGGAGACUAUGUACCUUGGCUUGAUUGGGUGACCCAUGUUUCUGGAACUUAUGGAAGAGCAAGAAGAGUGGCGAAACGGUUCGAUGAUCUUUUGGAGGAUGUUGUUGAAGAUCAUAUCAAAAGUUACAAAGAAGCCAAUGAUGAUCAGGGUGAAGAAAACCAUAAAGAUUUUGUUGAUGUUUUGCUUUGGAUUCAAAGGACAGAAGCACUUGGCUUUCCUAUUGACAGAAUUGUAAUAAAAGCUCUUUUACUGGACAUGUUUAUUGGAGGUACAGGAACAACAGCUAGUUUGCUAGAUUGGGAAAUGUCAGAGCUGAUAAAGAAUCCACACAUGAUGAAGAAAUUGAAAGAAGAAGUGAAAACAGCGGCGAAUGGUAAAACACAGAUAGCAGAAGAAGAUUUGGUAAACAUGAAAUACUUAAAGGCAGUGGUUAAAGAAACGCUAAGAUUACAUCCUCCAUCUCCGCUACUAAUCCCUCGAGUAAGCAAAGAAGAAACCGAAUUCAACUGUUACCAUAUAAAAGCUGGGACACAAGUUAUUGUAAACAUUUGGGCGAUUGCAAGAGAUCCUGCGAAUUGGGAUGAACCGGAAGAAUUCAAGCCAGAAAGAUUCUUGGACAAUACAAUAGAUGUUAAGGGUAAUGAUUUCACAUUGAUUCCAUUUGGAUCAGGGAGAAGAGGUUGUCCUGGGGUAGUGUAUGCGUUGGCUGUGAAUGAAAUUAUAUUGGCCAACCUUGUGCAUCAGUUUGACUGGGAAAUACCUGGAGGGUAUGAGACAUUAGAUAUGGCUCAAUCAACUGGCUUUCUUGCGCACAAAAAUACUCCUAUUAUGGCACUUGCAACCCCUACUAGUUAGUAAGAAGGAGUAAAUUAAAUGUGAACAAGUUGGAGGCAGUACAAAAGAUAAGAAGAAGUUAUAAUGAUACCAAAAAAAUAGUGCAGUAACUCGUGCAGGAGCGUCAUCUUAUUUUUUAAUUCUUGAAGUAUGGUUUUGUUGCUAAUUAUGUUUUAAAACUGCAAUCCAUGGUAUUUCUACUGAAUUUUCCAAGUAAGAUUUUCAAUAACUGAGUUGUCCUGUAAUCUUUUUGGAUUUUGCAUUUGUUCCUCUAAAAUAAAUUUCAUAUUAGAAUGCCGCAAAUAAUAGAGUAAAUUUGAGAUCACAACAUAUUUAUGAUAUCGAAUUCUACAUGUGAUUUCUUCCUCUACAAGUUACUCCACUUAACAAUUAUAUUCAGAAAUUAAAUUCUACCAAAUUAAUAGUCAAACAAAUUUACUAACAUUUAGUAACUCA